AUGGGGUCGUGUUUUAGCUCGGAGUCCGCGGGGGACGUGGAGCAGAAGAAGCGAAGCCAAACCAUCGAUCGCAAGCUAGAAGAAGAUUCUAGGCGGCUGCGAAGAGAAUGCAAGAUUCUUCUGUUGGGAUCUGGGGAGAGUGGUAAAUCGACGAUCGUGAAACAGAUGAAGAUCAUCCACCAAAAUGGCUACACCAUGGAAGAGCUUGCGCUAUAUCGAUUGACCAUAUACAAAAAUCUUCUGGACUGCGCCAAAGCUCUCAUCGGAGCAUACCACUAUCUCCAACUCGAACCGACCAGCCAGAAGGUACAAGAAUACAUCGUCUUCCUGGAGGAGUACAACGUUGAUCCGGAUCCCAACACUGCGCUUGAUUCGAAAAUUGGCGAUGCGGUCACAUAUCUCUGGAACGACCCGUGUACAUCAACAGUGUUGGAACAUCAGAAUGAGUUCUAUCUGAUGGACUCGGCACCAUAUUUCUUCGAGGAAGCAAAGCGAAUAACUGCGCCCAACUACGUUCCGGAUGUUUCAGAUGUCCUUCGGGCAAGAACGAAGACCACUGGUAUCUAUGAGACACGGUUCACGAUGGGCCAGUUGAGCAUACACAUGUUCGAUGUGGGCGGCCAGCGCAGUGAGCGAAAGAAAUGGAUCCAUUGCUUCGAAAACGUGACAUCCAUCAUCUUUUGCGUUGCGCUCAGCGAAUAUGAUCAAGUGCUACUUGAAGAAAGUAAUCAGAAUCGAAUGAUGGAAAGUUUAGUUCUCUUCGACUCCGUGGUCAACUCUCGGUGGUUCAUGCGGACAAGUAUCAUCCUUUUCCUGAACAAAGUCGAUCUGUUCCGCUUGAAGCUCCCCCGAUCACCGUUGAGCAACUACUUCCCCGAUUAUUCGGGCGGCAACGAUGUGCACCGUGCCGCCAAGUACCUUUUGUGGCGAUUCAACCAGGUGAAUCGCGCGCACUUGAACCUAUACCCACAUCUCACCCAAGCGACUGAUACCUCGAAUAUCCGUUUGGUCUUUGCAGCAGUUAAAGAGACCAUCCUGCAGAAUGCCCUGAAAGAUUCGGGUAUUCUAUAG